AUGUCAUAUCAACCAACUACUCAAAUGAACAUUACGAUCGCCCCGAAUCCUGGUGUAUCAAGACCAUGGAAAUAUGCAAUAAUGACGUCUUGUUUCCCUUGCAUCACUUAUGGUCAAAAUAAAGCUGCACUAAAUCCUGGUGAUAGCUGUUGCUGUAAUUCUUUCAUUUAUUGUGCCUUGGAAUGUUGUUUUUUAUGGUGGAUUCCCGCUGCUAGUACUCGUGGAGCCAUUCGCGCAAGAUAUAAUAUAGAGGGGUCUGGAUGCGGAGAUUGUAUGGCUCACAUCUGCUGCCCAUGCUGUGCACUUGUCCAAGAAGCUCGUGAACUCAGGGAAUUAAGAUGGUGGAGCACCAUUUCCUCUAUAUCCUCUGGUGUACCGCCUGCAGGUGAAGGAUAUUUACUAAUUGGAUUUGGAUUUGAUGGCGUUGUAGGCAUUGGAGAUUUGGAUCCACCUUACUUGACGGAUCAAAUCCCAUGUCAUGUCAUUUCCACCUGGAAACGUAGGAUUACCACUCAUACCAGGUAUACCAGGUUAAUAUGA